GUUCAAUAGUAGCGUACUGUAUAGUAUAUACUAUAUAGUGUAGUUUACUGGUUAGUGGUUAAUCCGACUAUCUUAGUUGUGCUGUUGUGCACUCGUGUUAUUUUUGCUCCUACACUACUAUAGUACUGUCACUACUUACUAGUUCUUAUUUAGUUUUAGUACCUAUUAUUUUUUUUUUAUAAUAAUUGUAUGAUAUCUACUUAUAAAAUCAUGACGUUUUUAAAAUGGGCUAUAUUACCGGUAGUGGUUUUCACAAUUGUUGUUGUGAUGUACAGCCAAGCAUCAGAAGACUCGCAAAAGAAAGGACCUAAGGUCACUGACAUUGUGUGGUUUGACAUUCAAGUAGGUUCAAAUGAACCUGAACGUGUGGAAAUUGGAGUAUUUAGUGGAACUGUUCCUAAGACUGCACAGAAUUUCAUUGAACUAGCAAAAAAACCAGAGGGUGAAGGAUAUAAGGGCAGUAAAUUCCACAGAGUUAUCAAAGACUUCAUGAUUCAAGGAGGUGAUUUUACAAAAGGCGAUGGCACAGGGGGUCGUAGUAUCUAUGGAGAAAAGUUUGCAGAUGAAAACUUCAAACUGAAACAUUAUGGUGCUGGUUGGUUGUCUAUGGCCAAUGCUGGAAAAGAUACCAAUGGAUCUCAAUUUUUUAUUACCACUAAACAAACUUCCUGGUUGGAUGGUCGCCAUGUUGUAUUUGGAAAAAUAAUCAAAGGAAUGAAAACAAUUAGAGCAGCUGAAUCGGCAGAAACUGAUUCCAGAGACAAACCAGUUGAUAAUAUAGUAAUUGUCGAUAGUGGACACAUUGUCGUUCCUGAGCCAUAUCCAGUCAGCAAAACUGAUUCUACUGAAUAAUUAUUCAUUGAUUAUUUUUACCAAUUUAUAUUUUUUUAUUCAUAAUACUGUUAAAAUUAUAUUUUAAUAGGCCUUCCAUAGCAAAGAAAAUAAUUGCAAUAAUUAAGGAACUUAAGAGCCAUCACCUACUUAUUAGUUAAUGUAUUUGUGUUUUACUGUUAAAUUCCAUUUUUGUGAACUAAACUACUUAGAAUAGCGAACUAAACUAAAGUAUUUUUUGUAUCAACCUGGUUCAAAUCAAUGUGGUAUUUUUUUUUUAUUUUACAAAUUUUGUAUGUG